GGCUUCCUGUACACCGUCCUCCUCCUCCAAUUCAUCCUGCCGGCCUUGGAACCCGUCGACACCUUCAACCUGACCAGCCGCUUCGCUCCCCUCGUCAUCGUCUUCCUCCACGUGGGUCUGGGCCUUUUGUCCUUCACCCUGGACACCUGGAGCACUUCCAGGGGCGACACCGCUCAGAUUCUGGGCUCAGGUGCCGGCAUUGCCCUGGCGUCCCAAGUCAACCAGCGUCUGGGUUUGAUCCCGGACUUGAGAGCGGACCAGCUGCCCCUCAACAUGCCCGUCCUCAGCAGCGGCCUGGUGGGUGGGGCCAUGCUGCGCUAUGCACUGGGACUUCUGGUUCUGAUGCUCACUCGAGCGCUCAUGAAGGCUGUCACCGUCCCUCUGGUGUGCUGGCUGGUAGGGGUACCUGGGGGGGACACGAGGAAGGCCCGGCAGCACAUGGAGGUGGAGCUGCCCUACCGCUACAUCGUUUACGGGACCAUGGGCUUCAACGUCCUCUUCCUGGUCCCGCUGCUGUUCCGCUUCCUGCAGCUCUCCUGACCUGAGGUUCUGGGGAGGUUCUGGCGCCGGCCCGGUCUUCAGAGGGUUGCUCUCUGUUGCAGUGUGCCACAGACCCAGAGAAACACUGGUCCAUCAGCGUCACUCGAUCCAGACCAAAUGAAGAACACCGGAGCUCAGUAGAUCAAAGAAAUAGGACCGUCUUCACCUGCAGUCCAUAGUCACCUGAGCAGCAUCUACCCCCAGCCUGAGGGGCGUCUGUGUCCUGAGAGGGGGUGUACUCUCAUAUGUUUUUCAGUAGUUAGGAAGUGUUGUUGAGAAAUCUUUUGGCAGUUUAACUUGCAGUAUGAUCCUCUUGGAGAGGGCAUUGAUUACAGGCACAUUCUUUUUUAUUUGUUUAUGUGCAGGAGCGCUUUAUCAGGGUGGCCAUUGACUCUAUAUGAUAACUGGACAUCACUCAUAGAAAAUGGUUUACUUCCAGCUCCAACCAAAAGAAGUCAAUUCUGUCGCCAUUUUUUCACGAUGCAGACUUUGCCAUGUGGGCUGUGAUUGGUCUGAGAGGGUCUGAGUCAUUGUUUCUAUGGCAACCGCUCGUUGAUCAGGAGUGAGCUCGUUGGAAGGCUACACUGCUACCACUGACAGCGGGAUAAUCUGUCAAUUCAAUGUUUUCAACGUGAGACCGUCUACUUUUAUUCAGGCCUUGGUCAGGUUAUAACUCAAAUUACAGAAAAAAAUAUGACAAAAAUUAGAAUCGACCCUUUUCACGUGACGUCACACAUCGUCAGCCAAGUGCAGAAUAGCUUCUGUUGUCUAUGAUUCAGAACGGAAAAGCUGAACACUGUUUAACUCAAUUAUAUGUAACUAGUUAAAGGUAACCUUACCAACUGUAACCAAAUUUGUACAAUAUUUAUUUUAGAAAUGUCCCACCUGGUUGUAUUGGUUUCCUCCUCUAAGAUCGUUCACAAAUCAAAGUACAAAUGUCAGUAAUCCUGUCUGCAGUCAGAAUGCAGCAGCUCAGCUGCUUCCCCAAAUUCCUCUGGAUGAAAGAGUCUUGGAUUAUUUCUCUCUGACAACCCCGUUAAAAUUAGACGAAGAUUACAGAAACUUCACUAAAUGCUGCUAGUUUGAUUAUGAAGGUAAUUAUGAUUUAUUCUUUUAAUGUGUGCUAACACUAGCGUUAGCUUUGGCUAUGAGACGUGGAGCUGCAGAAGGUCUUUUCUCACCAAUUAAAAGUUGUCUAAAUGUCUGUGCUCACAUAAUCCUUGAAGACAGAUCAAAAGUCAGACAAUUCCAGCGUGUCUGACAUUAAAGUCAAACUUAUUCCUGUUGUAAUGUUUUCUACUGCGGUCAGUGAGCUGCUGUUAACUCAUCCGUGGUUCUAACAUCACUCCUCUUUGUU